CGGGUCCGCCCUGGUCCUUGCCGCGCUGGGACAUGGCGGAGUUGGACCUCGGGCAGCACUGCCAGGUGGAGCACUGCCGGCAGCGAGAUUUUCUUCCAUUUGUAUGUGAUGGUUGUUCAGGAAUAUUUUGCCUUGAGCACAGACGCAGAGAGUCGCACGGCUGUCCUGAGGUGACUGUAGUCAAAGAGAGGCUGCAGCCAGAGACACAAGCCUCGUGCGCAUGCUCGUUGGAGGGCUGCGCCGAGAAAGCGCCGGUGCAGGUCGUCUGCCCUGCCUGCCAGCGGAGCUUCUGCCUGCGACACCGUCAUCAGUCAGAGCACCGGUGUGAAAAACUGGAGACCGCUCAGCCUCGAAUGGCCGCCACUCGGAAGCUUGUUCAGGACAUCAUUGGUUCCAAGACGGGACAGACAGCGAGAAAGCGACGGAAAGGUGCCCAGAGUAGUGCCACGGCGGCCAAGGUGGCCCUGAUGAAGUUGAAGCUGCAAGCCCAUGGGGACCCGUCCUUGCCGCAGACAGAAAGAAUUUACCUGCAGGUUUUCCUACCCAAGGGGAGCAAGGAGAAGAGCAAACCAAUGUUCUUCUGCUCCCAAUGGAGCAUUGGGAAGGUCAUUGACUUUGCAGCUUCUUUAGCCAGUCUCAGAAAUGACAACAACAGAUUCACAGCCAAGAAAUUAAGGUUGUGUCACAUGACUUCAGGAGAAGCAUUACCCUUGGAUCAUUCGUUGGAAGCCUGGAUUGCUAAGGAGGAUUGUCCUUUAUAUAAUGGUGGAAAUGUUAUCUUGGAAUAUCUUAAUGAGGAAGAACAAUUUUUAAAAAAUGUCGAUUCUUACUUGGAAUAGUCAUUGAAGGAUUCAAUCCAGGAACCAUGAGGAAAGUUCUACAUGAAGUCAUUUUCUUUUACUACAAAUACUAUAUAUAGUUUUAUUUUUAAACGUUGUAUUAAAAUUAUUUUCAUUGUCAUAAUGUCCAUUAUCAGUUCUGUAUGCAUGGAAUUUAAAUUUUUUCAUUGCAGUUAACUGUGAACUGACACUCAGUUAUUGGUGGUGGUUGUACUCGAUUAGCUUUCAUUUGGAGUGCUGCCAUAACAACAACAAAGGGGCGUUGCUUGUUUGGCCGUGAGCUGUUGAUUGGCCGGGACUCUGCUCCAUGUCCCUUUGCUCUGGGGUCCACAAUGAACUUUAGAUGUCCUUUCUGGGACAUGGCUGAGCUCACGGCAGAGGAACGACUCUCAGAGGAUACAUGCUUGGCUCUCGCCGUAAAGUAACAUGGCCCAGCGUAUAGCUUCCCGUGUGCCUGCGACAUGGAGCGUGCACUGAUGUGUGUCCAUGAAUCAGAGGGACGGAGAUUGUCUCAUUCUCUCUUCAAAGGUUUUGGAUGAAUCUCAGGCCUGGGAAGGGGACGUGAUUUUCCUGCUGUCCUCCACCUGCUUUGGGGCGUAUCUCUGAUAAAGGUUUUCUUCCAGUUUGUAUGAAUGUAUUACAAAUGAGAAGAAAGGUGGGUAGCUCAACUUGAUUGCAGUCUUUUUAUAUCUUGUACCAAGGAAAAUACAUGCCAAAGUAAUUCUACUUUACUGAUGCGUGAAAAGUAAUGCUUCUGACUCACGUGUUCCACCCUCAGCAAAGCACUACUACGUGGAAGGAACAGGAUGACUUCUGUGUAGUCUUUGUCCCUUUUGUGUUUUAAUUGUCAUGGACAUGCACAGUGGCUUUAGUUUAAUUAAAGGAAUAAACUUGGAAUGUUCAUAACAUCUUUAA